AUGAUAUUAUCAGAUUAUAUGCAAUGUGACGAAGGAGAAUUCUUCGAGAUCAAAGUCUCGCCGAAAGUCCGGCAAUGGCUGUUAUACCUGAGCAGUAGCGGUCAAUUAUCAGCUAUUUAUUUUUUGCAGGAGUUCUCCAAAGAUCAAACUACAUUCAAUUUGGCCGCUAUUCAACAUAUUGGUCCACCACCUGUAUCACCGUACGCAUUGGGCGGUCCCGAUAUGUCUUUCCUUAUGCCUGCGAUCGAACUCUCCGCUGCUGUGCUCGGUACUAUGGCCACUUCUGUCACAAUCAGCGGGGCCGGCAGUUGCACCAACGACUUCGGCCCCAGCGCUACCGUCGCAGGAGGAACCGCCAACGUGGUUCGCGGCGAACUUCUGCCGGCCUUCGGACAGGGAUCGAUUGCCGGCGAAGAGAAAGAGAGGUCGGCCAGCCCUCUUUCAGUAGGUGGUGACUUUGUAUCUUUGGGAGACUACGAUCCAAGUACUGCUCUAUGCGACUCGCCAGUGUUGUCCGAUGCACAGAUUCGUCGCCUUUCGAGUUGUGCGAUGGCCAUUUGCCAAAAAAUACCACGACUGCCGCCAAAACUCGUCCAGAACAAGAAGCGAGUCUCAAAGGAAGUGCUUGAUCUCCUUUCUACAGCUCCCGAUUCACCCAAUCGACUCGCUGAAUAUCGAAAGUAUUCGGCUAUUUAUGGCCGAUUUGAUGCUAAACGAAAACCAGACAAGGGCUUAUCUUUCCAUGAGGUGUCUGUGAAUGAAGCCGCUGCUCAACUUUGUGUCAUCAUCAUGCCUUUCUUUGCUUACGAGAAGGGACGAGCUGUUCCCUUUGGCUAG